AUUGUCUGGGUGAUUCUCAUCAGGUGAAGGCAUGCAAAUCGGACUAUACAUGUCGUAUAUGUCAUCAGCGUCAUCAUACACUAUUGCAUGCACCCGUUCAUACGCCUAGCUCAACGGUCGCGAUGGCUAUUCAAAACAAUGAUGGUAUGGUGUUUUUGAAAACGGCUCUGCUAUACAUCGUUGACGGAUACGGAAAGAGACAUGAAGCAAGAGCACUUCUCGACUCGGGUUCUAUGUCGAACUUUGUCUCUAACACGCUUGCUCGGAAGCUUCUCGGGACGACUCGCAACAAGGUCAACGUGUCCGUCGCAGGUAUCGGAAAUGCGUCACAGCUGAUGAAAGGUUCGAUCGUUGCAACCGUCGAAUCGAGGAUCAACACUCAUGCAUCUCAGCUGGAGUUGCUCAUCUUAGACUCUCCCUUUAUGCACAUACCAACGGCUCCAAUUGAUGCAUCAUCAUGGGAAAUGCCGAGCUUGCCGCUUGCUGACCCUUCGUUCUAUGUACCUGGCAAGAUCGACAUCAUCAUCGGUGGAGAUACAUACUGGGAGCUUCAUUCCGGUAAAAAACGUUCCCUCGGCGAAGGGAAACCAUGGCUUGUGGAGACUGCUUUCGGCUGGGUCGUCGCAGGAAAUGCAUCGUUUGGUGGUUCUCAUGGUUCGCAGCUAUGCCACUUAUCUACCAACGUCACGCCUUCACUGGAAUCGAUAAUGGAACGCUUUUGGGAGAUCGAAACAGUCGCUGAGGAUCCGAUACUAUCAGCGGAAGAGAAUGCCUGCGAGAAGCAUUUCGUAGCCACUACAACCAGGGAUGGAUCUGGCAGGUAUGUUGUAUGUUUGCCACAAAGCUCUAAUCCUUGUGUCGUUUUAGGAUCGUCAAAGUCAAUUGCUGAUCGUCGACUCUUAGCUGUUGAGCGACGUUUAAGGGCUGAUCCUAAAAUGAAGGAAGAAUACAUUAAAUUUAUGAAAGAGUAUGAGCGUCUGGGUCAUAUGAAACGGCUUACCGAACCGGUCGACGAUUUAUGCGAGCACUACUACCUGCCACAUCAUGCGGUGACCAAGGAGACGAGCACAACUACUAAGGUGCGAGUUGUAUUUGAUGCAUCUUGCAAAACUUCGUCAGGGUACUCAUUGAACGAUAAGCUAUUAGUGGGACCGGUAAUCCAAGACGACCUCUUCUCAAUCAUCGUUCGUUUUCGAUCACGUGCAAUUGCGCUAUCUGCCGACGUGGAAAAGAUGUACCGCCAGAUUCUCCACGAUGAGCGAGACCAUCAGUACCUCCGUAUACGUUACAGGGAAGACCCGUUAGAACCAAUCCAAACCUUCCAACUACUAACAGUAACAUACGGCACCGCAUCCGCACCAUUCUUGGCAACGAGGAUAUUGAAGCAAAUAGCUCAUGAUCACCAUACUCAGUACCCACUGGCAGUAAAUGCAGUACUUCGUGAUUUUUAUGUGGAUGAUCUAUUAUCGGGAACAGAGGAAAUCUCAGAUGCAAUCGAAAUACGUACACAGAUUUCGCAAAUGCUUAAUUCGGCUGGCUUUGCGUUAAAAAAAUGGGCAUCCAACGUACCAGAAGCACUCCAGGGCGUCCCAUCAGAUGAUUUGGCAGUUCUACCAACACACGAGUUGCAUGAUCCUCAAGUUGUGUCAACACUGGGACUUGUUUGGGAACCAGCAGUAGAUAUGUUUCAGUUUCGGAUUGAUCUGCCACCCACUGCAACCGUCUUAACUAAGAGGCUGACAUUAUCGUACAUUGCCAAAAUCUUCGAUCCGCUUGGUUUGCUGAGCCCAAUUAUCGUUAUUGCCAAAAUGUUCAUGCAACAAUUGUGGUCCUUGAAGUGGCGCAAAUUCAAGUUGAAAUGGGGAUUAAAUGCUGGUAUCAUGUUCCUGGCGUGGACAAUCCAGCAGACGAUGUAUCGCGUGGUCUUCUUCCGGACAAAUUGGAAUAAUGUCAUCGGUGGUGGCAUGGGCCACGUUGGCUUAGUGGCAUGGAAGACGACUGGCCAAAAAGAGAACCUGCAAGAGAAGAAGAUGAAUUAA